GCCCAGACCGUCUUUCAUCGGAAUCUGCAAGGAUUCCAUUUUGUUUCGUCUCAAAACGGUAGGAUCGGAGGCCUCAUCGGCUUCAAGAUCGCCGAAACGAACCACCGAAGAGCUCCUUAGCCCCGCGCCGAAGACGGAGCUGGAAGUUACUCAACCACAUCAUCCCACGAAGACGGGGGGGAACCAUACAGUAUAUAGCCUCUGUGCUUUAAAGCCAUGGAAGAGCCUCUUGACGGAACCUCUAUCUCUUGAUUCGGCGACUAUCCAAUGCUUCCUGCUUCCCCUUGUCUUUAACUAACCUUGCUGCCUUGGUCGUAUCUACUUCAAUUAAGUCAAAAUGGUGGUGUUUAUUGACUACGACCACGAUAUCCCCAACGGGCAUAGCUUUUCAAAGGGUCCCAGCGGUUUUUCACAUCUCUAUGUAGAACCCGGGAAACCUGGUGUUUCAAAGCUCAUGAAUCUGGAUAUACCGCCCAGCGACCAUCUUGCCAAUCCGCCUUCGGAUGAUACAGAUCUACAGAAAGAAAAUAGGCAGCCAGUGCCAAAUCGGAAUUCUUUCUCGGCCGCUUUAAGCUGUUAUCCGAUCGCGAAGGAGAUUGCCCGAUCAAUUGAUCUUAAUACUCUGCACGCGCUCUCCGGGACGUGUCGUCAGUUCCAUGCGAACCUGGCCCCCUACCGGCAACAGCUUGUCAAACAGACGCUUCGCUGCGAAAAUGAAUAUAUCGAGACGCUCUCAGAUAUGUUGAGCAGCGGUGCUGCUAUCCCGGACAGUGUUAAGUCCGUAAUCCGGUUGCUGAGAAGAGACGCACUGAGUUCUGGCCAACUUACAAGCGGCAAAGUCUCUAAAUGUGCAAGGGAUAUGGUUGCAGAGUGCCGUGGGUGUUCGAAAAUCGUGUGUCGGAAUUGUACCGCCAAACCCCCGAAUAACGCGACACUAAAGAACCGCAUUCGUCGACUAUGUACGCCCUGCCGCACCGCGCCAUUGAACAAGCUCGCCUCCUCCCCAUCUCAUUUGAUAUCAGAUUUCCCAAGCCAUGCUUCUCCCGUGUGUUUCCAAGAUACGUGUACAUGUGAAGAAUCCAUUUGGCUGUGCCAUCAAUGUGGACACAGAUUACGUAGGAAUGAUACCACGUACCGUCGGGUAUGGACAUGGCGGACACGCUACAGCACAUAUUUAGGGGGCUUAGGGACAGGCAUUGGCGAAGGCUGUCAAGGCGUCAAAUGCGGCAGAGAAGAGAACUGUCUUGCGGCCCAAGAAAUUGAGCUAGAAGUCGAGUGCGACGCCGACUCUCUGUCUAGCACCUCCUCCGAUAACGGAUAUCAUCUUGGACAUCAUCACAACCACACACAUGAAAAAUGGGAGCACCGUGAUGAGGAACAGCCCGGUUAUUUGCGGCAAGAGAUCAUUGGCAUCGGAGGGGUUGUGAAGCAGAAGGCCAAGAAACGAGUGGUGGUCGGUGCAUGCGUAGUGGAGCACGAGGACGAGCGGGAAACAGGAGAGUAUCUCACGCGUGAAGAAGAGGGGCUCGAUCGAAGCUGGUGCGACUGGUGCUGGAGAGUUAUCCCGGCCCAAGGCGAAAAAAGCUAUUAGUGUUGGGCGCUUGGUCUGCGUCCAGGAGUAUUACGAGCCAUCUAUAACAUACUGUACUUCUUAGUAGUAGCAGUCAGACAAUAAAUCCAAACCCCAGAUCUAACAG